AUGAAUGGUGCACCUAGUCCAGUUCAAAUGGAUGACACCAUGUUUAAUCUUACAAACAGUGUCAUUUGUAGGGUUGCAUUUGGUACUAGCCGUAAGGGUAAUCAAUUUGAGAAUGGUCAAAUUAAAGAAAUACUUGCUGAUUCCAUGAUUUUGCUCAGUGGUUUCUCAGUAUCAGAUUUAUUCCCAUCAUCAGUAGGUUGGAUCAUCGAUUUGAUCACCGGACUCCAUUCGAAACUUGAGAGAUGCUUUCGUAAUUUCGAUGCGUUUUUUCAAAAGGUACUCGAUGAACAUCUCGAUCCGUCGAGGCUAAAGCCUGAGAAUGAUGAUAUCAUUGAUGUUAUGCUCGGAUUAGCCCAGGAUCGUACAACUGUUCUCAAGCUAAAUAAAUAUCAUAUUAAGGCAAUUCUUGUGGACAUAUUUCUUGGAGCGGUGGACACUAGCUCAUGUACAUCAGUAUGGCUAAUGGCCGAGCUUGCUCGCAACCCUGGAGUGAUGAAAAAGCCUGAGGAGAUCAACAUGGAAGACGAGUUUGGGCUCAACAUUCGCAAAAAGGUGCCCCUUUAUUUGGUGCCUGUCAAGUACAAUUGGGAAGGCUACAAAACUUGA